AGCACUAAAAAAACAAAGGUAAUCCUCUUGGACUUUAACUCAAAUUCACCUCAAUUAUCGAUUCCUUAAUCACUCACCAUUCUCUCUCAUUGCUGUGAAGAAGAUAAUGGUGCUCUCUGACUUCACUGGAGUCGGUGUUGGAUUCGGAUUCGGCGUUGGCUGUGGAUUUGGCGUUGGCUGGGGUUUUGGAGGAAUGCCUUUGAAUGUUUUAGGCGUUGGUGUAGGUGGAGGUUGCGGAGUGGGUUUAGGCCUCGGGUGGGGUUUUGGAACUGCCUUUGGUAGUCACUACCGAUCAUCUAGGCUUACCUUUCAAGGCGUCGAGCUAGAGAAGGAUGGUAAAGUUGAAAACAUGUCCAAAAACGCUUAGCAGCCUGGAAACUUCCCAUCCCAAAUCACUGAGAAAAACUCCGCUCGGAUUUAAGAAAAAAAUGUUACGACUUUUUUCUUAUUUCUCAAUAAGAAUCAUAUUUCAAAUAAUCAAAAUCAAGAAUGCAUUUCUGUUUUACAAAACAUAUGUUCAAAACUAGAAUGUUGUUUACUCGAACCAAAAAAAAAUGCAUUUCUAUGUUA